AUGGAUCUGCUCUCUGUUUCAGUCCUGCUGCUCCUCUGUGUCUGUUGCAUCCUCCUCGCCUUGACAUGGGGGCGCAAAGAGGGCAGAGGCCUCCGCCUGCCCCCGGGGCCCACCCCACUGCCCAUCCUGGGGAAUUUUUUCCAACUGGACCGAAAGAAUGUCCUCAAGUCCCUGGUGAAGAUGAGUGAGGUGUACGGCCCGGUGUUCACCCUGUACCUGGGGCUGCGGCGGGUCGUGGUCUUGUGCAGCUACAAAGUGGUGAAGGAGGCCCUGGUGGACCAGGCAGAAGAAUUCAGUGGCCGCGGGCAGAUCCCGUCCUUCUCCAAGGAUUUCAAUCAACAUGGGAUCACAUUUACUAAUGGGGAGCGGUGGAAGCUGAUGCGAAAGUUCUCUCUCAUCAUCUUGCGGAACUUCGGAAUGCGGAAACGAUCCAUUGAGGAGCGAAUCCAGCAGGAAGCCCAGUGCCUGGUGCAGGAGUUUCGUAAAACUCACGGGGCCCCCUUCAAUCCUGCCGUCAUCCUCAGCCACGCCGUCUCCAAUGUCAUCUCCUCCAUCGUGUUUGGGGAACAUUUUCAGCACGGUGAUCAAAAAUUCCUCACGUUGAACAACCUGAUAGCAGAACGCUUCCGUUUUGCCAGCUCCCCCCAGUCUAUGCUGUACAAUAUCAUCCCGGAGAUCAUGGAGAAGAUCCCUGGAACGCACCACACAGGCAGCAAAUGCUCCCAGGCGAUUAUCAGCUUCAUCAGGGAGAGGAUCAAGAUUCAGCAGGCCUCGCUGGAUCCCAGCGCCCCGCAGAAUUACAUUGACUGUUUCUUAGUGAAGAUGGAGGAGGAGAAACACGACCCGGGUUCUGAAUUUUGCAUGGAGAAUUUGGUCAUGGCCACAUUCAAUUUAUUCUUUGCUGGGACGGAGACAAUCAGCACCACCCUGAGAUAUGGAUUCCUCAUCUUACUGAAGUACCAGGAGAUACAAGAAAAACUCCAUGAAGAAAUUGAUCGGGUGAUCGGGCAAGAUCGAAUCCCAACCAAUGAUGACAGGAAUAAAAUGCCCUAUAUGGACGCUGUGCUGCACGAGAUCCAGCGAUUCAGUGACAUCCUACCCAUGAACCUUCCGCAUGCUGUGAUGCGAGACACCCACUUCAGGGGAUACGUCAUCCCUAAGGGGACCUACAUCUAUCCUAUGCUCAGCACCGUGCACUACGACCCGGAGCAGCACUCCAACCCCGAGGAGUUUGACCCCGGGAGAUUCCUGGACAGCCACGGCCGCUUUCAGAAGCUGGACGCCUUCAUGCCCUUCUCAGCAGGGAAGCGCAUCUGCCUGGGCGAGGGAAUGGCCCGCAUGGAGCUCUUCCUCUUCUUCACCACCAUCCUGCAGAACUUCACCCUCACUUCCUCGGUGCCCUCGGGUGAGAUCAGCCUGGCGCCAGCUGCAUGCGGCAUUGGCAAGGUGCCCAUCCAAUUCCAAAUCUCCAUGCUCCCGCGCCAAAAUUGA